AUGGGAUACACAAAUGUGUCCAUAUUAUUAGCCCUGGUGGUGGUGUUUGUUACACCGAUGGUGUUCGCAGAUGAUAUGACACCUAUUCCAGAGGCCAAAGCCCAAGUGGAGCAGUGGUUCACGGCCAACGUAGCUCCUUUGCCUGCGCGUAAAGAUUUAGAUCCAGCUCUCGUAGCUGCUGAGGCUGAGCCACGUACCAUCACCGUGGAUCCAAAGGGAGGUGAAUUCAAAACACUAACGGACGCAAUAAAGAGCGUUCCUGCAGGGAACACAAAGCGUGUGAUCAUCAAUAUGGCUCCUGGUGAAUACAAAGAGAAGGUCACCAUCGACAGAAACAAACCCUUUAUUACAUUGAUGGGAGAUGCCAAAGCCAUGCCGGUUAUUACUUUCGACGGUACUGCCGCCCAGUUUGGAACCGUUGAUAGCGCUUCCCUCAUUAUCUUAUCAGACUAUUUCAUGGCUGUCAACAUCAUCGUUAAGAAUACAGCGCCAGCACCGGAUGGUAAAAUGAAGGGAGCACAAGCAUUAUCUAUGAGAAUCUCUGGAAACAAGGCUGCUUUCUACAACUGUAAAUUCUAUGGAUUCCAAGACACAAUUUGUGACGAUACCGGAAACCAUUUCUUCAAGGAUUGUUACGUCGAAGGAACAUUCGAUUUCAUCUUCGGAAGUGGGACCUCACUUUACUUGGGUACACAAUUGCACGUGGUGGGAGAUGGCAUUAGAGUGAUUACAGCUCACGCGGGAAAGACCGCAGAUGAGAAGACCGGAUACUCUUUCGUGCAUUGCAAGGUGACUGGAGUUGGUCAAGGAAUCUAUUUGGGUAGGGCAUGGAUGAGCCACCCUAAGGUUGUCUACGCCUACACCGAGAUGACCAGCGUUGUCAACCCAGCCGGAUGGCAAGAAAACAAGGUGGCUGAACAUGACAAGACCGUGUUCUAUGGAGAGUACAAGUGCUCAGGAGAAGGAUCACUUACUGAGAAGAGAGUUCCAUUCACACAAAAGAUUGACCCCACUCAAGCUAACCGUUUCCUUACCCUCGGCUACAUUGAAGGAUCCAAGUGGCUUCUCCCACCUCCAAGGGCUUAA